AUGGCAUUCCGAGAUGACUUCACCAGCCACCGGGAGAACAGGGAACUGAUGCACGUCAGUGGGGAUGACCUCUUCGGCGACCCGCUGAACAUCCGAGGCAGUAAGCAACCGGCAGCUUUGGAGGUUGGAGGCAUUGCUCAACCUGGCCCAUUGAGACCGUCGAGAGGCUCCACCGAUCCGGCGGAUCGAUAUGACCGUGGUUAUGGCCGAUCCAAUGGACGGGACAACGGCUACAGCCAGAGAAAUGGCCAUGCUGCAGCAGGAUAUCGACCUCCGCUUGAUGACGAUUUUCAGCAGGAGUACCGAAAUGGCAACUCCAAGACGAUGAUGGAGUCCACGAUGGCCGACUGGGAGGACAGCGUGCAAGAGACCUUUGGUUAUGUGGUCUCUUCAAUGUGGAGCAUCGUCUCGGGUGGCCGGCAGUGCUGCUCCAUGCGGGAUCGCGGUCGAAAGGAAGACAUGGAGGCCGCCAAGCGAGCUGCACUCACCGGUCGGCCGCCUCCCAAGGGCAUUUUCUUGGUGGAUCUUUUGGUCCAAGCACGGCUGAUCUUAAACCAACCCUGCAAGGUGAAGGCUGAUCCUCCAAAAUCGGAACUUGGUGCCAUGGCCACCAUCCAGGAUGAGCUUUUUCGACAUCCGCAGGUUCAAGCCUCCCUCCGCAAUGCUGGUGAGAAGGCCCUGAAUGAUCCACAAGUGCAAAGCGCUCUGGUCCAAGCUGCCCAGGAGCAUGGGCCAGAGUUGGCCGCUUUAGUGAGAGACCAGGUCAGCACUUGGGCUACGGACCCAGAGGUGCAGAAACGUGCCAAGCACUAUGCGAGCGAGGCCGCCAAGGCUGCGGGCCAGGUGAUUUCAAGAGCUGGACAGAUGUUUGCUGAUCAGAUUGCCCAGGGCCCUGCGGGGCUGCGGGUCUUGGCUUUUUGCGCUGGUGGCACCUCAUUGGCGUGCUGUGUGCUGGAGAUGCUCCACGUGGAAAGUGUUUUAAUGGGCCCUUCAAGAUAUAUCCUGAGUGGCUUCCAGGGCAUUUUCGCCGUCACGACGAUGCUCUUUGAGAUGCCAGCGGAUUGGGUGGCCAUGGUGCCAGGGGUCACUCACUAUCAGGAUUUGAUCAUGGACGAGGCACGCUUCAUGACUCGCGCUGGAGGCCGUGGUCUUUUCUACAUCUUCCAGGGUGCGAUUUGGGCAUGUUUCGCCUCCUUGCUCUCUGUGGUACACCUGGCAGCAGCUGCUGCCAUGCUCCUGGUGGGCACGCUCCAUGUGUUGAUGCAGUUUGGUAUCAUGCCACAAAAUGUGGCGCAAAAGAUACGGGAGAAGACCGGCUACGACCCCGUGCCGCAGCACGAGUAGGAGAGUGGACCGAGAGUGGACCGGUCAUAUCCAUUGGAAAUGGCCAAUAGCUACGUUCGGUUCGCGCCCGAUCCCUCCGUUCGAAGCGGUGCCCUUUGUUACUAGUAGCUUCUUGUUGCUAGUAGUAAGGCCAGGAGCUACUAGUAGCGUCCUUGCUCCUAUCAGGUUUGUCUCAAUUCCUUGUGACAUGGGAGUGGCAUUUCAACCAAAUGUUCCAAGAUAUCACAUACUUGAGUCCAGUGCGGCCUGAGACACUUGCUGAGCUCUUUGCAAGAUUUGUUUUUCUUGCCAAGCACAGCGUGGCCCAAUGGUGCCACCCUGAAUUUUUUUUUCUUGAGAUUUGCAUCACGUUUGUGGCCGACUUCUGCCAAUUCAGUUUGCACGUGGCAUCACGUGGCAAUGUCACACCCACAGAGACGCUAUCUCACGAUUUGUCUCUUUAGACAAUUGGAGCUCUGGCAAAUCUCAGAAUCUGUAAAUGGAUA